AAAACAAACAAACAAAAAUGCAGGGCAGCAGCAGCUGAAGAAAGACCGGAUGAGGAAAAUGGCAAGAAUGGCUGCUGCAAUUGCUGCAGCUUCCAUUGAAAAACCGCCAAACGCACCUCUCCAUUUCAUCCCAAAUUACUAUUUCGGAAUCAAACCCAAUUUCCUUGCUUUAUUUCCUCUUCCCAGAACUCUUUCAUUCCCUUCUCCUCAAAAUGGUACUCACAAAGCGGGAAUUAGAUGUUCGAUUCGUGGAAUACACAAGGGCACGGCCAACCUGGUAGCUCCUGAGAAGAAGAAGAAGAAAGAUGAAGAGACAUCAUCUGAAAGUUGGAAGAUUAAAAUGCUUUAUGAUGGGGAUUGCCCCCUCUGCAUGCGCGAGGUCAACAUGCUGAGAGAGAGGAAUAAGCAAUAUGGAGCUAUCAAGUUUGUUGACAUAAGUUCUGAUGAAUACUCUCCUGGGGAGAAUCAAGGCUUGGACUACAAAACUGUUAUGGGGAGAAUUCAUGCUAUCCUGGCUGAUGGAACUGUAGUCACAGAUGUUGAGGCAUUUAGAAGACUAUAUGAAGAAGUUGGUCUUGGAUGGAUUUAUGCCGUUACCAAAUAUAAGCCUAUGGCAAAAAUAGCUGAUGUUGUAUAUGGUGUAUGGGCUAAAUAUCGCCUUCAAAUAACAGGCCGGCCACCUUUAGAAGAGGUUGUGGAAGCACGUAAGAAAAAGGGUCAAGUUUGCAACGACAGCAAGGCGUGCAAGAUGUGAAUGUCCCAAAACUGCUGGAAGUUAGGAAUCAGGAUCUUGAAGGAUGGCUAAUCUGCAGUUAGUGGUUUCAACCAUGGACACGAGCUCAAUCGAGAACUGGCCGGCCACGGUAUCAAAGAAAGAUACAGGGAUGUUGCUGGGUUAUGUAGGGAAAAAUAUAAAUUAUUAAUUAUUAUUAUUAUUAUUAUUAUUUGUAGAUGUACAAAUCUGCACAUUGAACGUUUAGUGCCCUUUAUAUAUUGCCCUCUUAUCUAAA